AUAGGUAAAUCAGGAACAAGGGCUGGGAUCUCCCUUGUUGUGGCCUUUGAGAACUAAAAAUUCCUCUAUUUCAGAUCCUAUUUCUAGUUUAUGUUUCUGUCCUUGUUUGCUGCUUUUACCUGUGUGAUGGAGUCUCAAGAUGGUUUGAGGGAUGUACCAUCGUUGGCUGGGAGGUUCGGGUUUGUCUUUAGGCUCACUUUGUGGCAGCUAAAAGGUGUGCCAAUAUUCAAGCUAUUGAGCUGGACAGGAGGAUGUCCUUCUUGAUUCGACCAACAGAUAUGUUGUCCUCUUAGUUGUUCGUGUCUGGCUACAGAUUUAAUUUUCUCUCCAUAUGUUUCCUCCUGUUGAAUGUUUCUUUUGGGUUCGUCUGUGACUCUGUUUUAGGGACCAAUUGGUUGCUAUAGCAUCACCCUAGAAGCUAUAUUUACAAGUUACAACACAUCGUAAUAGGCAAUAUCACUCAUAAACAGAUAUAAACAAUUAAGUAUAAGAAGUCACUUUAAACUAUAAAAUUACUAAGGCAGUCACUUUAAGCGUAAUAACAUGUUACAAGGUAAAAAGAUUAUCACUAUUAGCAUCUUGAAUCUAUAUUUCCAGUUUCACUUUUGGGGCAAAAAAAUUAAUCAAGAAUCCCACCCUUGACUGUGGAUGACAGCUAACAAGUAACAGUUCGAGCCCAAUUAGCUUCAUCUCUGCACCGCCGCCUCCUGUACUAUAUUUGGGAUGAACAAGUGACUCUCACCCCGCAUGUUAGUGAUUUAAUUGGGCACCUUGAUUUAAAACCAAUUACAUUUUCUCUGAAUGAAGCUUGAACAAUAAAGAGCAUCUCUAAAAUGAAGGUCUUUCUAUUGGGAUUUUAACCACUCAGAGCUUUUAGCAGAAUAAAAUGUAGGUAAGAUAGAUACGAACAUUAUUAAUUAUCCUCUACCUGUUUUCUCUUCACAUGAAUUGAAAGAAACUAUACAUUUUAUUAUUGUAAUAAGUAUAUCUUAUCCCAAACCUAAAAAUUGGGGAAAAAAACGUGAAGCAUACCACUUUGUGUAGCUGAGCUGCACGGUUUUUUCUAAUUAGUUAUAAGAUCUCUCCAUUCCAGUUCUUUGUAGCUAGAUUAAGCUGAGGGCCUUGGAGAAAAUCUAUAAAAAUUGGAAAAGAAGAUGCUGCCAAUAAUACAUGAUAAACAUAUCAAAGCAAAUGCAACUAAUAUAGACAACUAACAAUA